GUAAACAACAAAACAAAAAGGAAAAUAAACGUUUUCUCUCGCUUCACGUGCUCAUGUUCAGCUUGUCAUGUGACCUUUUCUCCCCGUCUGAGCUUGGUGAACAGAGAAGCAAGCAAGGACUCAUCUCAGGUAGAGUAAUCUUUCCCGGCCUGAUCCAUCUCCCCGCUCGAAACACGCUUCAUUGUUCGUUGCUGCUGCUGCUACUGCAACUACUUCUUAUUCUCUCUCCCUACUCUUCUGCACAUGUAAAACCACAACCAAUCAUAAACACAAUCAAAUGGGCUGCUUUCAGUCGAAAACCACCCAUUUAGCUUCUCCGGAUCAGGAGCCCCUUCCCCCUGAACAAGCCAAGACAGAUCUCGUUAAUGGAGCUCUUGACCAAGACCUAGACCAAGUCCCUCCCUUCAGAGAGUUUUCUUUGGCGGAACUGCGAGCGGCUACCAGCGGUUUCAGUAGUGAUUUUAUAGUCUCCGAGAGCGGAGAUAAGGCUCCCAAUGUCGUCUACAGAGGAAAGCUCAACAACAAUCGUCUUGUCGCCAUCAAACGUUUUUCCAGGCUCUCCUGGCCCGACCCUCACCAGUUUGUGACGGAGGCUUCCGGAGUUGGCAAAGUUCGGCAUAAGAGAUUGAUCAAUCUAAUUGGGUGUUGCGCUGAGGGCGAUGAACGCUUGUUGGUGGCCGAGUACAUGCCUAAUGACACCCUCUCCAAGCAUCUCUUUCAUUGGGAAAAACAGCCAUUAUCAUGGGAAAUGCGCGUCAGAGUUGCUUACUACAUUGCACAAGUACUUGAUCAGUGCAAUGCUCAAAACCGCAAAAUUUAUCAUGAUUUGAAUGCCUACAGAGUUCUUUUUGAUGAGGACGGCGACCCUCGAUUAUCUAGUUUUGGUCUGAUGAAAAAUAGCCGGGAUGGGAAAAGCUACAGCACAAACUUGGCUUAUACUCCCCCAGAAUUUUUGCGAACAGGUAGGGUCAUCCCUGAGAGUGUAAUCUACAGUUAUGGAACUGUUCUGCUGGACCUUUUGAGUGGGAAACAUAUCCCUCCGAGCCAUGCAUUGGACUUGAUAAGGGGGAAGAAUUUGUCGUUAUUAAUGGAUUCGUCCUUGGAAGGACAAUAUGCAAAUGAAGAUGCAAGUGAGAUGGUGGAACUAGCUUCGAAAUGCCUACAGUAUGAGGCUAAAGAUCGACCUGAUGUCAAGUUUCUUCUCUCGGCUGUGGCACCCCUUCAGAAACAGAAAGAGGUUGCGUCGCAUGUGUUAAUGGGUCUUUCAAAACUUCCUGUGGUGCUGCCGACCAUGCUUUCCUCACUUGGAAAGGCUUGUGCAAGAAUGGAUCUUACAGCGGUACACGAUAUCUUGCUUAAAACAGGCUAUAAAGAUGAAGAAGGUGCAGAAAAUGAGCUGUCAUUUCAAGAAUGGACUCAACAAGUGCAAGAUAUGUUAAAUACAAAAAAAUUUGGGGAUAUUGCUUUUAGAGACAAGGAUUUUAAAAAUGCCGUUGAUUAUUAUACAAAGGUAUGUGACUUCCUGCCAAAAUGACGUAUAUACUGAGUUAUGGAAUCUUUUAGUUUAUUGUGUGUACACGUACAAUGCAGGAAGCUUGAAGUAGUGAGAUGUAUGUAUUGUAUGUAUAUUCUAUAAAUAAAACUUUCUAAAGCUGGAUAUUAGGCGAUCGAUUUGGUGGCAUGCUGUUUGGCUUAAAA